GCACAUGAUAGUCAAAUGCUUGGUUAUGAACUAGUUUCCAACAAUGCAGAAUAAAGAAAUAAUAUAAAUAGAAAAAGAAGAAAUACCAGGCGUGGGGGAUUUUUGGAAGGGAUGGCCUGCUGUGUAUUUCUGAUCACAGUUUAGUAUUACACAUCUAUUAAUAGGGCGUUCCCAGUCUCCACUCUGACACUGGUUCCGACACACAGCUCUCUGACAGCCUCAAAUAUCACUCUGUCACUCCCCACCAUCACGCAUGUUACUAAGCUAACCACAAACCGCUCACUUGGGGCCAGAGGGAACAUAACUAACAGCAAGCUACUAGCGUUUUGUGGUUGUGGAGUUUUUCUCUGUCUAUCUUUCUCUCUCUUCCUUACUCAAGGGUGACAGGCAGCUCUUAUCAGUACCAGAGGAGCGAGGCGUGAAGGGCCGAAUUGUCACUACGAGCCAAAAAGCCGUCCGCUCUCCCUCUUUUCCUCAGGCUCUCCCCCCUCCCCUCGCCAACUCAUCUCUCAUCUGGAGGAAAAUGCCAGUCAAGGAGUGGGGCCUGUUCCAGCAGUAGGAGUGACGUCUACAUGCAGAAAUAGAGAUACCACAUCCCCCAAAACAACACUGACUUCUAACAGAAAUCAUUCCGUGAGAAUUGUCAGAGGGUUUUCCAGAGGUCGCGCGGACGCUGGUUUCUGUCUCAGGGGUCGGUGAGCGAGUUGUCCCUGCAGCCAUGUCUCCAUUCCUGCGAAUCGGAUUCUUGAGCUUUGAGAUGGACCCGGGUUUGGCCUAUCAUGAAGAGGUGGUCAACCCAUACUGCGCCGUCUACAUGAAAGAAGCCAUAGACACAGAGAAGGGCCAGGUGUACAAGCAAAAGAAGCCCACCAUGUACCCCCCCUGGAGCAGCACGUUCGACGCCCACGUCCACCGAGGCCGUGUCAUGCAGGUGGUGGUGAAGGAUAAGACCGCUGAGCUGAAGUCCGAAGCCACGGUGCAGCUGGACAGCCUGGCCACACGCUGCAAGAAGGAGAACGGCAAGCUGGAGAUCUGGGUAGAGCUGAAGCCCCAGGGUCGUCUUCUAAUGGAGGCCCGUUACUUCCUGGAGAAGAGUGACGCCACAGGUUCAGGUGAGGGAGAUGGAUUCGGGGAGAGAGACCGCGACCCGGGACACUUUGCCCUUCAUGCCCGUCGUGGAGCCAUCAAACAGGCCAAGAUACACGAGGUCAAAUGUCACGAAUUCAGCGCCACCUUCUUCCCCCAGCCCACGUUCUGCUCCGUCUGUAAGGAGUUUGUCUGGGGCCUGAAUAAGCAGGGUUAUCAGUGUAGACAGUGCAAUGCUGCCAUCCAUAAGAAAUGUAUUGACAAAAUCAUUGCCAAGUGCACAGGUUCAGCCAUCAACAGCAAAGAGACCAUGAUCCACAAGGAGCGCUUUAAAAUCGACAUGCCGCACAGGUUUAAGGUGUACAACUACAAGAGCCCCACGUUCUGCGAACACUGUGGAACACUACUGUGGGGUCUGGCCAAGCAAGGACUCAAGUGUGAGGAAUGUAGCAUGAAUGUCCAUCAUAAGUGCCAGAAGAAGGUGGCGAACCUGUGCGGUGUCAACCAGAAACUGAUGGCUGAAGCCCUGGCCGUAAUCGAGACUAAACAGCAGUCCCGGGGCUCAAGAGAGAGUGAGAUCUAUAGUCGAGAGGGCCCAGUGGGUGUGGACCAGUCAGGGGUCAUGAGGGAACCAUCAGGCCCAGCAGCAACUCUCCCUGCACCCACUACUGAACGAAGAGAGCAGCAGGGUAUAUCGUGGGACACUCCGGUGGAGAAGGGCAGGCCUGGGAUAGACGCUGAGCCGCUUUACGCCGUCCCCAGGAAAGAACCGCACAAGUUCACCCUCGACAACUUCAUCCUCCACAAAAUGCUGGGAAAAGGCAGUUUUGGCAAGGUGUUUCUGGCCGAACUGAAGAGCAGUGGAGAGUUCUUUGCGGUGAAGGCUCUGAAAAAAGAUGUGGUUCUGAUGGAUGAUGAUGUGGAGUGCACAAUGGUGGAGAGGAGAGUACUCUCUCUGGCCUGCGAUCAUCCCUUCCUCACACAUCUACACUGCACGUUCCAGACCAGGGAGAACCUGUUCUUUGUGAUGGAGUAUCUGAACGGCGGCGACCUCAUGUUCCACAUCCAGAACUGUCAAAAGUUUGAUGUUCAGAGGUCUACGUUCUAUGCUGCUGAGAUCAUCUGUGGGCUCCAGUUUCUCCACUCGAAAGGCAUUGUGUACAGGGAUCUGAAACUGGACAACGUGCUGCUGGACUCAGAAGGCCACAUUAAGAUAGCAGACUUCGGGAUGUGUAAAGAGAACAUGCUGGGAGACACGAGGACGUCCACCUUCUGUGGAACACCUGAUUACAUCGCCCCAGAGAUCCUGCUGGGCCAGAAGUACAGCAGCUCAGUGGAUUGGUGGUCGUUUGGGGUCCUGCUGUACGAGAUGCUGAUUGGCCAGUCUCCAUUCCAUGGCCAUGAUGAGGAGGAGCUGUUCCAGUCCAUCAGGACUGACGACCCCUGUUACCCCCGUUGGUUGGCCAAAGACGCACAAGAUAUCCUCAUCAAGCUGUUUGUGCGGGAGCCAGAGAGGAGACUGGGAAUGAAGGGUAACAUCCGUCAACACGCCUUCUUCAACGACACAGACUGGACCGCCCUGGAGAACCGAGAGGUGGAGCCGCCCUUUAGGCCAACUGUGAAGUCCCCGGGUGACGUCAGCAACUUUGACAAGGAGUUUAUCAAUGAGAAACCAAGGCUGUCCUGUGCAGACCGUACCCUUAUCAACAGUGUGGAUCAAACUAUGUUCAACAACUUCUCAUUUGUUCAUCCAGCCAUGAACCGCAUAAAAGGGCCAUGACCUGAGAUAAUCAGUCCACAACCUACUAGCAACCUAAAAACAACUACAACAAUCUCAUAAUCCAAAAAUAACAGACCUGUUUUUAUACCUGGAUUGAACAUGUUUCAUUUGUCCUGAUCUUUUCCACAUUUGUAUUAUGCCUGGAUUGUAAGACAGGUGAAACAACAGGCCAAUAUCAGGACAAGAUCAGAAUGAAGUAUGCAUAUUGGAGGCAGGUGUUAACGGGGCAUUAAUUACCACAACACAUCACAGAGAAAUUUGUCAGGGGCCCUAACUCACAUAUCCACAACUAGUCAAUAGCCUUUCACAUAAGCUCUUUUAUACAACUAAGUUGUAAAGACUGUGUCAAGAAGUCACUACCUGUUUCCUCAAGAUUCUGUGAAAUAAUUCUGUGACAAUGUUGUAUUGUAUACCUAACAUGUAUUAUUCAAUAGUGUCUGUUUUAUCUAAUUUAACAUCAACUGAGAAAUUAUUUUACUUCUGUGUAUAGUGUAUCAGAAAAUGUAUUAAAGUGCCAACAUUAGGCAAAAGAA